AUGAAUUAUCCUGCAGCAACAAACAAUUUGUAUCAAGUGCCGAAACCUGUAAAUAGAUGGGAAAAGAUUGCUCGAAUACAAGAAUUUUUAGGAACCAUGUGGGACUUCUUUUUUGGUUGGCCAAUGAUGAUACUGAAUAAACUUGGAAUAUCAUUAAAUUUCUUUUCUGUAAAUCCAGCAGUUUGUUCAAUUCUUAUUUGUGGUGCACUUAUUGGUAUAACAUCUUCUGUUGGAAUUGGAUUAGGUGUUGGACUUAGUGUUGGAUUGAAUUGUGCGAAAUCUACAAGUACUCCUAUGAACACUACCAAUACAACAAAUACAACGAACAUUCCUAAUUCAAAUGGUAUUAUCGGUUGA